CUUCUACACGAAGAAUCAAGAGGUCAAGAAACGAGAGCAACCCCGAGAAACCACAGAUCAAGUUGGUCCCAACACAACCAACGUUGCCGAGCGCUCUCUUGCUGCCAAACUCAUGCCUGUGUCUACCAUUCUAGAUACCUGGAGUCAACAGCUCGAACUUGCUAGUGCUGAACUGGACGCUUUUGCUGAAAAGGUUGACAAUCAACUCAGAAUUAGUCCUGAUUAUCUGGGGAACACGAGUAACCCAUUGCUCCCAAAACAAGAUUUGACUUUUCAGACUACAACAGGACACGCACAGGUUGAAACGAGAACGCUGCAGGACUGGCG